AUGUCACCACCACCACCACCACUACCCAAGGCCCUACCCAGCAAUCUAUCCAACCGCAACCCCAAAGCAGGCAACAACCCCUCAAAAAUGGUAAGACUCGCCCAACCCCGGCAGGUAAUCAUCCCGCGGCGCCACCACCCGCUGGAGCAGUACGUGUGGCUGAAGGACCACGAUGCCGGGCGCAACGACCCCAGCUUCACCCCGGACUGGAACCGGUAUCGAGACGAGCUGACGCGGCAGUUCCGGCGCCUGCGCUCGGCCGACCCGCGCCUUAAGCCGCUCAUCGGCGAGGUGCACGUCGGGCGGCGCGUCAAGGUCUACAAGGAGCUGCGGCCCUCGGGCCAGGCGCUGUGCGUGCAGUGGUUCCUGAUCGGGGCUGCGAGCGAGGAACGGGAGCAUGCGCGCACGAUGCAGCUGGUCGAGGAGCUGUGGGGCCCCGACGAGGACGUCGACUCCGAGGCCGAGACGGUCGUGGUGCCGCUGGAUGUGCAGGGGUUGCGGAUUUCGGAGGAGAGAUAG